AUGGGCGUGUCAGUAGUAGAUUCUUCAAUAGCCGGUCUCGGCGGUUGCCCCUACGCCAAGGGGGCAUCAGGCAACGUGGCCACAGAGGACGUGGUGUAUCUUCUGCAUGGGCUGGGCAUUCACACGGGCAUAGACUUUGACAAGCUGCUAGAUGCAUCGGCGUUUAUUAGCCAGGCGUUGGGAAGAGAGCCCUGUUCUCGCACUGCUGUUGCCCUGGCCCGCACCCGGCAAACAAUGGGAGAGACGCCAAAGCUCUAG